AUGAGUAAUGACUCUGUAAACAAUAGUGAAUUUAAGAACUCUGUGCUUUGUGCUCAUGUUGCUACUAACCCAGUACAGUUUAAGCCUGCAGACCAUGAUUCCUGGGCUGAUCUGGUACAGGCCACCUACCUGUCCUCUCACGGGGCGGCUGCCCCUCCCAUGUCUGCAGCCCAGCGCCUAGAGACUGAAAUCCAGCUGCUAAGACAGGCACAGCUGGAUAGUUUUCCGGCAGAAAUGAAUGCCCUUAUAACUGAAAAGGAGGUGCACGCGAGUAGCCGACUCCACACCCUGUCUCCAGAAUAUGACUCCAAGCUUGGUCUUAUUCGAGUAGGUGGUCGUCUCCGCCGUGCAGAGAACAUGGACAUUGACUCUCUGCAUCCCAUUGUGCUAUCACCAGACCACCCCACAACUCAUCUCAUCAUUAAGGACUAUGACUCUCGCCUUCUACAUCUUGGCCCUGAGCGUGUCUUUGCUGAAUUAAGGCGUGUGUACUGGAUUCUAAAGGGGAGGCAAGCCAUUAGAAAACACCAACAUCACUGUUUAGAGUGUAAGAAGUGGAGAGCCAAUCCUGUAUCACCUAAAAUGUCUGAUCUCCCUGCCAGUCGGCUGCGCCUACAACAGCCUCCAUUCUGGUCUACUGGCAUUGACUGUUUUGGCCCUUUUACCAUAAAGAUAGGCAGGAGACAAGAAAAGCGCUGGAGUAUUAUUUUUAAAUGUCUCACCACCCGCUGUGUUCACCUGGACCUACUUAAUGGUAUGGAUACUGACUCGUUUCUCAUGGCUCUGCGCCGCUUCAUUGCACGGAGAGGAAAGCCAUUUGAAAUAUUGAGUGAUCAGGGCACCAACUUCAAAGGAGGUGACAGGGAGCUACAAGAGGCAUUUAAGGCAAUGAAGUCUCAGCUGCAGGAAAAGCUCGGCGAACAGAGCAUCACGUUUCAUUUUAACCCUCCACAUGCUCCACAUUUUGGGGGAGCCUGGGAGCGGGAGAUCCGCUCAGUUAAAUAUGCACUUCAGGUGGUCCUCCGGGGUCAGAGUGUAGCAGAGGAUCUACUGCACACUGUCCUCAUUGAGGUUGAAGGAAUACUAAAUUCCAAACCACUGGGAUAUGUGUCCUCUGACAUUGCAGACAUUGAUCCUAUCACCCCAAAUAUGCUGCUCAUGGGGCGGCAGGAUGCUUCCUUGCCUCAAGCUGUGUAUGGCACCAGAGAACAACUUGGGAGGCGGAAAUGGCGUCACAGCCAGGUAAUAGCUGACCACUUCUGGACUCAGUUUCUUCGGCAUUACCUACCUGCACUACAGCAUCGCCAGAAAUGGCAACAGACUACUCCAGCACUGACGGUGGGACAAGCUGUCAUGGUAGUGGACUCACAACUCCCGCGGGCACUUUGGCCUGUGGGCAAGGUCACACAGGUGUUUCCCAGCCCAGACGGACAGAAAACCACACACACACACACAAACCAACACAUGUAUGCACCUGCUGCUACUGUUACUGUUCAAAUGGGAUUAAAGUUCAUUGUCACCUAUCAAGUCUCCUGUGCCUUCUGACCGAGGAUAGG